AUGAAUUAUUCUAUACUGGCCAACGUGAAGAGAGCUUUUACUGGAGAAACCCAAGAUCUCGUCGAUCCUUACGUUCAAGUUUGCUUCGCUGGAAUGACUGGUUGCACUUCCGUUAAAAAGAACAGCUAUACUCCUGUGUGGAAUGAGCAAAUAGUCUUCAACGAGAUGUUCCCACCUCUGUGCCAGCGUCUCAAAAUUCAGCUCCGUGACAAUGACCCUGUGCAUCCUAACAUCAUUGGAACUCACUUUAUAGACCUCAAGACUAUUUCACACGACGGAGAAAGGGGAUUUCUCCCAACCUUUGGACCUGCUUUUGUUCACUUAUAUGGAUCUACUCGAGACUACAGCUUACUUGACCAACAUGCUAAUCUCAAUAUGGGGAUGGGAGAAGGAGUAUCGUAUAGAGCCAGGGUACUCAUUUCAAUCCGCACAGAAAUAACCGAUAACAUAGAAUGUCCGGUGUCCGAAGUGGAAGUGGAGCCAGUCCCACCGAUAAGCGAGCCCAGUUUCGAGAAGAACGAGGAGUUCUUCCUUUUUGCCAGCGUCUUCGACGCCAACAUGAUAGACAAACGGCUCGUAGAUAAACCUUUGCAGUUUGAGUUGAGCAUUGGCAAUGCUGGCAAUUCUUUGGAUGGACACAACGAAUCCGUAAAGCGGCCACAAGAUCUUGAAGCCGAAGAACUAGAUGAAUUAGCAGCUGAUACAGGUUACUGGCAAAGUACCACAACACCAACAAAAGCCGCGUCCAACGACAAAAACUACUACUACUUACCGUAUUGGGAUCACAAACAGUGUAUGCACGUGCGCAGCAUUUGGCCUGAUCACCGUCGACGCAUGUAUAACUCAAACAUGAUAGCUAACAUCAUCGAAAAAUUUGAGGAGGGCUUGACUGAUGCUCAAGCGGCCAUUGAAACAGACAUGGGCUCUGAGAACAACUGCGUGAUAGUCCUCAAGUCAGCUUUAGAAAUGGCAAGCAACUCAUGCGCAGCUUACGUGCGACAUAUGACAAACGCACCACCAAUUGGGAAUACCAAGUUGGAUCGAGAACGACAGAAACUAUGUCUUCAUGAAAUUGAACAAAUUUGCUCAAUGACUAAAAGUCUUAAGGCAUUGAUAACAAAACACUCCAUAAAGGAUCGCUUGCGCACUGCGUAUAAUUACUUGAACAGGUUGAAACAUCUUUGUGAGGAUUCACAACACGCGAUGCCUGACGUAUUUAUUUGGAUGAUAAGUAAUGGUAAACGUUUGGCUUACCAAAGAAUUCCAGCCAGGGACAUCAUUUAUUCUGAUUAUGUGGAUGAAAGUGGCAAAUACUGUGGUAAAAUGCAAACACUUUUCCUGAAGUGGCCCGGUAAAAAGGCGGCGUCACCUAGUGGUUGGGCAAUACCAGCAAAAAUGACUGUAUACUUGUGGUUAGGCCUUUUGCAAGAUAAGAAACAUUAUAUUGACGGUUUGCCGCAGGGAUACGAAGUCAGCUCUGAGUUACGAAAUGCUGAUAAAUUGCGUUCUAAUGCACCAUCUACCAUAUUUUAUGCCGAAAAACACAAUUUUCAGAUGCGAGCAUAUGUUUAUCAAGCAAGAUCAUUAAUAGGAUCCGAUUCUUCAGGAUUAUCGGAUCCGUUUGCUAGAGUAGUUAUAGGGGAUAGUACAUCGACAACACAGGUCAUUGAUGAAACUCUAAGCCCUACGUGGGAUGAACUACUCGUAUUUGAUGAUGUUUUACUAUACAGUACAAUAGAACAAAUAAAAGCGGAUCCUCCGACAAUAGUUAUUGAAAUAUUCGAUCAAGACAAAGUGGGGAAAUCCGAAUUUAUCGGACGCACGUUGGCAAAACCUCACGUCAAAGCCUUUGAAGAUACUUACGAAAGACCUCAGUUUCCUCCGUCGCUCGAAUGGUAUGAUGUCACUCGCGGGGAUGAUCGAGCAGGUGAACUACUAGCUACUUUCGAAUUGUUGGAGAUCCCACGUAAACAAGAUGCAUCAAUUCUACCAGAAUUGCCCACACCUAGAGAAGCAAAUGGUAAACCACCCAUCGAUACAAAUAAAGGUCCGAUUCUUCCAGUUCCAAGAGGCAUUCGUCCAACUCUUUCAAAAUACCGAAUAGAAGUACUUUUUUGGGGAUUGCGUGAUCUAAAACGCAUUCAUCUUCUGACUGUUGAUAAGCCGAGAGUAGAUAUAGAAUGCGCCGGAAAUAUUUUAUAUUCAACAGUGAUUCAAAGCGCAAAACGUAAUCCAAACUUUACAAAUCCAGUGAAAUUUGUUGAUGUAGAACUGCCAGAUCAAGAUUUGUAUAGACCUCCGCUAACCAUACGUGUCGUAGAUUGCAGAAGCUUUGGCAGAAUAACUCUUGUGGGAACCCAUACAAUAAAUUCCAUUCAUAAAUACAUUUAUACGCCUAUGAGCAAAAGGGAGAAAGAAAUAGAGGAAAGGAAAAAAUCCUUGAUUCAACUACAAAAUGUCGAUUUACGUGCAAACUGUAUCGUUCAAGAUGAUGUUUUCACAAUUGAAAAUGAGAAAGAAAAUUGUCCGCUGUUGACCCGCGAUGGACGAUCGGCUAUAACAUAUGGUUCUAGUGUGAAACAACCGAUGCGCAAGAAAUUCAAUAAACGUGAAUCAAUUAAAAAGAGAAAAGCUAGUAUUGAUUCAGUAUUUGACGAUGAUGAAAGCAGCAAGGAUUGGUGGACAAAAUACUUUGCAUCUGUUGAAUCCAUGAUUGAAGAGGAGAAAGAAGCUAAACGUGAAAGGCAAGGGUUUCUUCAGCCAACACAAAUGACUUACAUUGAUGAGACACGUUCACCGAGAGAAGAAGUACACUCACCCCGGCCAGAUCGUGACCGCAACAAGCGCCGACAGACUCCUUCACCCAGAACUAAAAUUUACCCACAUGAACUCGAAGCCGUUCCAGAGUAUGAUGAAUUCAAAGAAUGGCUUCAUUCCUUUGAACUAUAUCGAGGUAAAAAAACAGGCGAUGAUUCAAAAGAUGAAAAUCGUGUGGUGGGAGUUUUUAAGGGUGCUAUAAAAGUCUAUAAAUGGCCUCUACCAAGAGGAAUUGACGAUCAUACAGUGAUGGGAUUUGAUCCAAAUUACGGUUUCUUCCAAGGCGUCCCGAAUAACGAUCCAAUACAUGUUUUAGUUAGAGUAUACAUUGUCAAAGCAACUGAUCUCCAUCCCAUGGAUUUGAACGGUAAAGCAGAUCCUUAUAUAGUGCUGCAUUUAGGUUCUAAGAGGAUAAGUGAUAAAGAAAACUAUGUGUCAAAACAACUAAACCCAGUUUUUGGCAAGUGUUUCGAAAUUGAAGCAACAUUCCCACAAGAUUCAAUGCUGACUAUACAAGUACUUGACUGGGAUUUGUUGGGCUCAGAUGAUUUAAUCGGAGAAACAAAGAUAGAUUUGGAGAAUCGAUUUUACAGUCGACAUAGAGCAACUUGUGGAUUGCCCAUGAAAUACGAAGAGCAAGGUUACAACCGAUGGCGCGAUGCAAUGAAACCCACCCAAAUUCUUGCAAAACUUUGUAAAGAUGGUAAAUUAGAUCCACCCAUAUAUGAAUAUGGGCGAGUUAAAGUCGGCCGAACAGUAUUCAACAUGCCCAUGGACGAUACUGAUCUGUUUUCUAAUCCUGACACUAUUGAAGAACAGAUGGCAUUAGUAGUUCUUCGUCGUUGGCAAGAAGUACCUCGAGUUGGAACCAAGUUGGUCACGGAACAUGUGGAGACUAGACCGCUUUACAACCCUAAUAAGCCCGGUAUCGAGCAAGGUCGUCUGGAGAUGUGGGUGGACAUGUUUCCAAUGGAUAUGCCUCUACCGGGUCCUCCAAUGGACAUAUCUGCGCGUAAGCCGAAAUCUUACGAGAUGCGAGUAAUAAUAUGGAAUACCGACGAUGUAGUUCUCGAGGACGACGCAUUCUUUACGGGUGAAAAAAUAUGGGUAAGAGGUCCCGAUGACUGUCAAUGCACCGAUAUCCAUUAUCGCUCCCUAACUGGAGAAGGCAAUUUUAAUUGGCGUUUCAUCUAUCCCUUCGAUUAUCUGGAAGCGGAGGAGCGCAUAGUGAUCUCUCGCAAAGAAUCAGUAUUUUCAUGGGAUGAAACUGAAUGCAAAAUACCAGCACGUCUAGAAUUGCAAGUCUGGGAUGCAGACCAUUUUUCUGCUGACGAUUUCUUGGGUGCCAUUACCCUUGACUUAAAUAGAUUUCCACGAGGGGCAAAGUCUUCCAAAUUAUGCACUUUGGAUAUGUUACGCAAUGAUGGUUCUGUACCAAUGGUCAGCAUUUUCAAGCAAAAGCGUGUGAAGGGUUGGUGGCCAUUUUAUAUCAAACGGGAUACUGAAGAAAUGGAACUGACUGGAAAAGUAGAAGCUGAGAUACAUCUCUUAACAAGAGAGGAAGCAGAUAAGGUGCCAGCUGGCCUUGGACGAAAUGAGCCAGAUCCUUUGGAUAAACCUAAGUACGUGAUCGACUAA